AUGGCGUUGAAUACACCCAACGCCGAGCACCUCCACGGCUUGGUGGAUAUGGGAAGCAACGGCAUCCGCUUCUCCAUCACCGACCUCUCACCACCAACCACCAGGAUCUUGCCUACGCUCUAUACCUCCCGUGCUGGCAUUUCUCUUUACGAUGCACAAUACUCGUCCACUGGAUCUCGUAUACCCAUCCCUGACUCAACAAUCAACAAAGUGAUUGAUAAACUUAUCCACUUCAAACGCACCUGCUCCGACUUUGAUGUUCCUGAAAGCAACAUCACAGUGUUGGCUACAGAAGCCACACGCACUGCUCUAAACUCUGAAGAGUUCAGAGGAAGGGUGAAACAGGAGACUGGAUGGGAAGUGCAAAUGCUGAAAAAAGAAGAUGAAGGUAGAGUGGGUGCUUUGGGUGUCGCUACCUCUUUGGGAGAAGUCAAAGGUUUAGUCAUGGAUCUCGGGGGUGGGAGCACGCAGCUGACUUGGUUGGUGAGUGAUACUGAGACUGGUGAAGUCAAGAUGCCAGAGCAAGGGGCAGUGAGUAUGCCUUUUGGCGCUGCUGCACUAUCCAGACGCCUUGAAGAGGCUGAGAAGAGAGGGGCAGAUGCGAAGAAGGCGCUGGCAGGAGAAAUCAAGCAAGCCAUCACCAAUGCAUACCAAAGCUUGAGUAUACCCAAGGAGCUCCAGGAUCUGGCUAAACAACAAGGUGGAUAUGCUUUGUACCUCUCUGGUGGAGGAUUCAGAGGCUGGGGCUUUGUGCUGAUGAGCCAACAUGCCAUAUCUCCCUACCCAAUCUCUCUCAUCAAUGGCUUUUGCGCUUCUCGACGCUCUUUCUUGGAUACCGACCUCGUCACCAAUGCAGCAACCUCCCACCUCGACUCCGAAGACGAAACAGCCAUUUUCCGCAUUUCGCAACGCAGAGCUACUCAAGUGCCCGCCGUAGCUUUCCUCGUCACUGCGCUUUCGGAAGCUCUACCUCACAUCAAUGAAGUCAGAUUCUGUCAAGGCGGUGUGAGAGAAGGCUUCCUCUUCUCCAGCCUCCCCUCUGAAACACGCAAGCAAUCGCCAGUAGUCGUAGCCACUGCCGCUCACGCAACACCCGGAUCUCCCCACCAUGCUGCUCUACUUGCUUCUGCCAUCCCUCCUGCCACUCUACCCAGCACAGGCCUUUCCAUCCCUCUCAUAACCGCACUCGCAAAUCUUUCUCCGCAUUAUUCAUCGCAUCCUAAGGACAUCCGCGCUGCGGCUGCGCUGAGAUCCACAACCACCGGUCUUUUGGCUUCUUGCCAUGGUCUCUCGCAUCACGAACGCACUUGUUUGGCUCUGCUGCUUUGUCACCGUUGGGGAGGAGCUAAAGACCUUGCUGCCACCGACGCCUCCUUCUUCUCCUCCCUCCAAUCUCUCCUCAGUCCUAGCACGGCAUGGUGGUGUCGUUAUCUCGGUUGCGUGGCUGCUCUGAUCGGUGCCGUGUAUCCGUCUGGCAGAGGAGACGAGAGCAUGACUUUGAGCGCUACGUGGAGUUUUUCAAAGAAAAAGGGAGAGAGAAUGAUGGUGUUGAAGACGAGUGAUGGAAAAGGAGCUUCGUUGCGCUCAGUGGUAGAGGAGGAAGCAGAGAAAGUGGAAAAGGUUGGCAAGAAGAAGAAUUGGAUCGGUGGCAAAGAAGGCGGCGUUGGGUUCAAAGUGGAGGUGCUGUGA